AUGCUUGCCAUAAGUGGUACAGAAGCAGGGAUCACCGACCUCAACUGCACCGAUGCCGUCGCAGGUGUCUAUAAGUUUGCUGAAUCGGCAGUGAACUGCAGGAACAAAAUAUCGGAUGCUAAUUGCCAACUCAUUUACGGAAAUGGUGUGACAGUGGGUACGGAUCAUCCAAAUCGGGACGAUAAAUGCGCAGGAAAUCCUCCAGGUGGUGUUACUGUCAAAUCCUACUUGGUGCAGAUUCCCAGAAUUAUGGAUUCUAUUUCAGGACCUCGAUAUCCAUGCUCAUCAGUGACGCAGGAUAUGUGCGAAAGCAAAGCAUGGAGGAGUAUUCUUGAGGAGGAUUGCCCAAAAACCUGUGGUCUCUGCGAUUCUGGUACUUGCGUCGAUGAAGCACCUGGUUGCAGUUUGGAUAAUGCUGUCAUUUGCCAAAGUGUAAAUUUGCAAUCUUUCGUAAGGAAAUACUGCAAGAAGACUUGCGGAUAUUGUGACACUGCAUCUACAGCUGUACCAAGUGGCGAAUGUGGAUCGAACCCGAAUGAAGAUAUGCUUCCGAUUAUACUAUUCUCAACCCUUUUCGUGAUCGAAACAGAGGCAGCAAUCACUGAUCUCAACUGCACGCAUCGUGUUGGAGCUGAUAUCAAGUACGCUGAAUCGGCAGUGAACUGCAGGAACAAAAUGUCUGACGCCAACUGCCAACUCAUCUACGGGAAUGCAGUGAAAGCGAAUACAAACGAUGCAGAUCGGAAUGAAAAGUGCGCAGGAAAUCCCGUGAAUCCUCAACUGCUCCACACCGCAAUCAGCAUUUGUCCCAAACAAUGUGGAUACUGCUGCCUCACACCAGCCUUCAAUUGUCAGAAUAAACUGCGACCACGAUACCCGUGCUCAUCAGUGACGCAAGAUAUGUGCGAAAGUAACGCUUGGAGAGAUAUUCUCGCGGAGGAUUGCCCAAAAACGUGUGGUCUCUGCGACUCUGGUCUGUCUUUCCUUUGUGCUCGUCAUUAA